UUUUAAUCUUACUGAUAUUAAACUUACAUCAACACAUUAUGAGGAGUUUAUAUUGGUAUACAUAAAAGAAUUAAAUAUGUAUGAUCCCAAAGUAUUUCCUAAUCUGGAAAUUUCAUCAAAAGAUAUUGAUUUUGAAGCUGAUGGCAAAAGGGUUGAUGGAAAACUUAGCAAAGUAGCUGUUGUAGAAAAUUUUAUUUAUCAACAAUAUGUUUCGAAAAGAUGUAAAUAUUAUCAACUUGAGAAAGUAUUUACCCAGUAUUUAAUUCUUAAGAAAACGGUGAUUCCUGAUAUUAACACUGAUGAUAAAGUUACUGUUUUGGAAAAUGGAGAGAGUCAAUCUAUGGAUGUAUACACAGCAUUUUUAAAAUAUUUCAAAGAAAGUUUGGAUAACUAUUACAAUUUAAAUAUUUUCGUAGAUAUAAAUAAAAUAGAAGAUGAAAAUAAGACUUUAUUUUAUAAACAUAUGUUACGGACUAUGAUAAAUACCUACAAUUCAUAUAAUGUAAUAACUACAACAAGACUUGAUGUACCCAAAUUUGUUAAACUAAUGAUAGAUUUAGCUGUGACUAUACUAGAGUCAAAUAAAAACAAAAAAGAACCUAAUGAAGAAGAAAAUCAAUCAAAAUCUGAUGAAAAAAAGACUACCGAUAUCGUUGUUCAAGAAACAAAGUAUCAUUAUAAAAAACCUGACUGUGCCUUACCAAAUAAAGUUGAUUGGAAAGAUGUUUUAAAUCACCUUAUUGCCAAAUACAUAAGAGAAAAUAAUGAGAUUCCGGAUUGAAUCAAUAAUUAAAGAUUGAUGAUGAUGGCGAAGAAGAUUACGAUUUAAGAAGACAAACAUAUUUAAUAAUCAAUUAUCAUUUGUUAGUUUGAUAAUAAAUUCGUAUUUAGUAAAAUAUCAGUAUAUUUUUAACUUAUUAAAAUGUCAU